AUGCAACAGCAGCAACAGAGCAAACAAGCAGAGAUGCAACAGCAACAGCCGCUGUCUGCCGAAAAGCUGAGGAGCCUCCUGUUCGCGCAGGGCGUGGAGGAGCGCGUAGAAGUGAACCAGCGGCACCUCAUCGACAAGAUCCUCGCACGCUACAGUUCCGAGUUCACGCUGUUCCGGGAGCUCAUACAGAACGCCAACGACGCUGGGGCCUCUCACGUGGAGGUGCGCCUGAGCACCGGGGCGGGCGCAGCCUACCAGCCCGCUACCCACGCCGACGACGGCGGUGGAGGGGAGACUUCACCAUCAUCGUCUUCCUCCUCCAUCGUGUCAUCCGCUUCAUCAGCCGCCUCGGCCAUUCUCAACAUCUUCAAGUGGGGCUCCACCUGGUCGUCGACCUCUUCUUCAUCGAGUGAUGACUCGUCGUCGGCCGGCAACGAGCCGGCAGCGAAGAAGAAGGGCAAGGCCGGCAGCGCGGCCGGCGAGCUGCGACGAUUCGGCACCUGCGUGGCCACCGAGAUCGAGAUCAGAAACAACGGACGCACGUUCAGCGGCGACGACUGGAACCGUGUGCGCAAGAUCGCUGAGGGCAAUCCCAACUCUGAGGCGUGCGGCAUGUUCGGCGUGGGCUUCUAUUCGGUGUUUGCGGUGACGGAGCAGCCGAUCGUCAGGUCCGGUGACGAGUACCUCGCGUUCCACUGGAAGGGCGACAUGCUGGUCACCACCCGGGGCCAGAUCGAAUCCGACGCGCCGGCGGCGCAGAAGGCCGAGGACAAGAAGUGGGUCUCCUUCAUCCUCGAGGGGCGCGAGCCCCUGCCGCUCGAUCUCGACCAACUGUGCAAGUUCCUGGUCAAGUCGGUGGCGUUCACGACCAACGUGCGGCAGAUCACGCUGCUGGUGCGCACGGACACCUCGUCGGGCGACGCGACGUCCAUCAAGGUACCGCCAAAGAGGAAUCCCAACCAGCUCGCCAAGCUACAGAAAGACGGACUGGGCUUCAUGACCAUCGCGUCGCUGGAGGAGCACCAGCGGGUGGUGGAGGUCACGAUGUACCCCGAUACGACGCCAUCGUAUCGGGUCAGCACGAGGCAGCUCGCGGCGCAGGUCGACGUCCAUUGGGGCCUCGUGCCGACCUACCUGGAGAACAUGAAGCGCAUCCUCAAGAAGAGUCCACCCUCGCGCACCAACAUUCUGAUGCUCUAUAAUUUCGAAACGUUGGACCAAGAGCGAGACCAGUUUGUGGCUGAUCUAUUUCCGAGCCCGAACAACGGGCACAUUUACAUCGGCUUUUCGACACAUCAGACCACGGGUUCGGGCUUCCACAUCGCUGCCCAGUUGAUACCGACGGUCGAGCGAGAAAAUAUUGAUUUCCAGGACGUGUACAUAUCCAACUGGAACUGUAAUCUUCUUUCGGUGGCCGGCCAGGUGUCGCGUCUGUACUAUGACCACGUGCUGGCUUCGCUGGCGCACGUAGUGCCGACCGAAGAGACUCCUCAAUCACUGGCAGACCAAGCCACCAUCGCCAACCUGCUCGAGGCAUACAGCCACCCGAGCACGCAGGUGAACACCCUGCUCUCGCAGUACUACUUUCUGUCGCCGGACACCCUGCAGCCGGGCAACGACCUGCCCGUGCCCUCGGCCUCGGGCGUCAUCCCGUGCCGCGUGGCUCGGUUGCCCCAUCUCCGCAUGGAGGACUUCAUCGCCGCCGCCAGGCCCAAGGGCGGCAGCAAGCAACCGUCAUACUCCAUCAUCCCACGCCCGCUCUACAACAAGUGCCAACGGUUCUUCCAGCAGCUGGUGAAGCGUAAGUUGGUGAAGAAUGUGACGCUCGACGAGAUGCUGGAGAGCGUGCAGCGACGCCGGUUCUCGUUGGACGACCUGGCCGCGCUCGUCAAGUGGUACAACGCGUCCGACGUGCAGCAGGAGCUCUUCGGCAAGAACCUCAAGGAGAAGAACACCGCCAAGCUGCUCAGCGCCACCACCGUCCUGCUCACCGCCGCCGACGCCGACACCGCCGAAGCCGAGACCACCGACGAGACCGCCGCCGUGGUCGAGCAGAACCUGGGCAAGGUCAAGUACUAUGCGCUCAACAAGGCCAUGCGCGCGCUGCCGGUGCCGCUCGGCACCGCGCACCCGGCCGUGGCGGCCCUGUGCAAGAAGGAGCUCAUGCACCGGGGCUUCGGGUGGGCCGAGCUCUCGUUCGCCGAGUGGUGGAAGCACGUGAAGCGCAACCCGCAGUUCCUCCGGGGCGAGUUCGGGCCUGUCGACACCAAACGGAAGACUGCGCUGGUCGAGGUGGAGGCCCGGCGGGCGGCGGUGGAGCUCCAGCGCGAGCAGUACCUCAACCUGAUGGUCUUCAUCGCCGAACACCACGCCAAGGCCACCGCGCAGCUCAAGCAGGAGAUCGUCACCAUGCUCCAGUUCAAUCCAUCGAUCCUCAUCGAGGACGAAGACGACAACGUUGACAAUAACGACAAGCCGCCGACACUGACCUUCCGUAUGCCGCCGGACACGUACCAUCCGCGAGUGCAGCUGUUCAGGGACAUCGUGCACGUGUCCGAUGAGCUCCUGCACAAGGUGGGCAAGGCCUUCCUGGCCCAGCUGGGCGUGCGCGACACGGUCGAGCUCAAGAUCGUAUUCGAUCGCCUCGAGGAGCUCUCCUGGGACAUCCAGGACCUGGUGACGUUCCUGGCCGAGCGACAGACUUCGUUCACCACCGCAGACUGGGAGCUGCUGAAGCGGUCUUCGUUCCUGCCGGGCAUCGUGCACCAGCGCGCCAGCGUGAACACCGCCGAUGCAGCCGCCGACACGGCUUCCACGGGCCGUGACGUCAGCACGGUCGCCAAAUCGCAGAUGCGCAAAGCCUGCGAGCUCUACUUCCCGCACCCGGAGAUCGUUGAACUGGGCUUCGAGGUGCUCGCCUGGCCCAAGCCCGAGAGCCAGCUGGCGGCUGGCGAGGCCCAAGUCACCGCCACCGCCGGUGAAGAUGAGCCGGUGGAGGUCAAGCCGGCGCGAGGCCCCGCUGCAGCCAAGAGAGCCCGGGCGAUUAAGAAGAAGGCCUCACUAAAGGGAGCGGCUGACGGCGAGUUCUUGCCGACAUCCAAGCAGGCCCAGCUGCUGUUCAAGAUCGGCCUCAAGAACGCGCCCAGCAUCCACGCCCUCGUCAAGCUGGCGGCUGCCUCGAAUUCCUCUUCCGCGUCGUCGUCGUCGUCGGCCGUCUCGUCUGCGCUGCCGUUCCAGUUGCUCGCCGACACCGAUGACCCGAUGCGGAACGCGGUACUGUCGUACCUGGAGAAGCACGCGGCCGAGAUGAUCAGCGCCGAGCCCUCGUUCACCGCGACCAACGUCACCGCGCCCUUUCUGCCGGCCACCCUGCCCGCCGGCUCCGCCUACGCGCGAUCCCUCAAGCGCAAGGCCCGGCCACGCCUGCGCCGACCGAGCCCGCCGCCCUCUUCCGCGGAAAGAAUCGGAAAGGCCGAACGCAGGCGCAGGCGCAACCCACCGACGGGCGAGCAGGACCUGCUGACCAGGCUGACGCCAGCAGGCGAAGCGGAGGGACCCGAGCAAGUGGUGAGCGUGCUGUGCCAGCCCGGUGCGUGCUUCCUCAACGACUCGCCGUUCGGGUUCCCCGUGGUGGUGCCCCGAUGGAGGGACCUCGCCCAGCGGCUCGGCGUAGCCGCACACCCGCCGCUUUCCUUCAUCCUUGACAUGAUCGUCCGUCAGCCGCCGAUGACGAUGACCGAAGCGCAACAGGUGUUCGCGUACCUCUUCACGCGCAUCAACGACUUCAAGAAGCAGGACUGGGCCGUGCUGCAGGCCUCGGCCUUCGUGCCGGUCUUCACCGACGAUGUGGGACCACCCACCACGACUAACGCCGGUGCCGGCGACGACCACCACCGCCACCAGCCCAAGAAUGUCACGCACGCCAAGGUCCACCAGGUCUUCAUUCAUGAGAAUCCUGCGACCGCCCUGGCGACCAAGCCCGACGCUGAGCAAGAGGAGAAGGCCACCACCAACACGCCCAACCGAGGCGGCCACCAGCAGCAGCAGCGGCGGCUCAAGGGCAAGGCCAAGGGUAAGAACAGGCGAAGCAACAACGCCGACAACAACAGCGCGACGACCAUGGACGAGCCGCGCAGGGACACCGGCGGCGGCGGCUUGCAUACCUCACCGCGCGAGGUCUACGACAAUCUGCUGGACUUUGUGAAUUUCGGGAGUCGCGCCAACUUCUUCCUGCGGAGCUGCGGCGUGGGUGAGGUGCCCUCGGUCGAGCAGCUCGCCCAGAACUUCAUCCACCACCACAAACGCUUCCUGGCCAAGAACGGCGUUCGACGAUACCUGCAGCUGCUCAAGAUCUUCGCGACGGCCUUCCCGCAGCUGACCGGCUCGGCCGCGCUGGUCAACCAGCUGGCCCAGACCCCCUUCUGCGUGGCCUACCAGUACGACGAAGAAGACCAGCUUCAAGCGGAAUCUGGUAGCAAUGCCAGGAAUGCAAGGAAUGACAGGAAUGACGCGUCGACGCGCGAGGUGGCCGUCAUGAAGCGCGCCAGCGAGUGCUAUCUGAUCGACAACGAGCGGCUGUGCAAGCUCUUCAACCCGCCCCGGGUGCCGCCAGUCGAGGGCUCGGCCGUGCUCGUGCGCAUGUACGAGGAGCUCGGCGCCCGGUGGGUCACCGCCGACCUCCAGCAGAAGACCAUCCCACGUGGCACGCCCCGGCUCACCGACGCCACACGCCAAUUUAAGCAGCUCCUCGCCGAACGGAAGCCACUGUUGACGCACACGAUGCAGGGCAAGAAGCGGAAGCAUCUGCGACCCGAGGCCGAACGAAUGCUCGAUCAGCUCACGAUCUACGCCGUCGAUCGAAUCGAGCGCGUGCUUCAGUUCAAGGGCGGCAAGAAGGUGCACGAGGAGGCCAGCGUCAGCAUCGUCCAGCGCCGCAAAGACGACGUGUGCCUCUACAUCACCGACGGUGGUGAUGUUGACUACUUCGAUGUGGGGAGCGAGCUGGUGCCGAUGCUCUACGCGAAGCCCAAGCACGACGACGCGCUCCUCGUGGCGAUGCUCCUCCAGACCUCCAUUCCGGCCCUGCGGCGCGGAGGGUGGCCCGUUGACCGGCUGCUGCAGCUGGGCCGGGACGAGGCGGCCGCGCCAUCUGCGGGCAAGCCCGACGCGUACCACCCGCUCGCGGCUAUAAAGGCGGGCGACGGCCAUGCUGACGUCACGCCGACGUCCACCUCGACCACCUCCGAGCCCCAACUGCGCACCACCCGCGGCGAAGAAGAGGAGCAGCUCGUCCAAUCCAACACCUACAAAGAAAGUACGCACACGAGGGACGAUCGACGGUCGGCGUCGGGCCGGGACCACCAGCGGGAGAUGAAUCGGCAGCUGGGCCUGGCCAUGCGGGGCUUCUCGGCCCAGGCGCCCGCGCGGGUGCGGCAGGAGGCCGGCGAGAAGCGGAGCGUGCACUACAGCUGCGAGGUCAUCCCGCAGCAGACCCUCCGCAAGCUCGCCACCGUCCAGGGCGUCGACCUCUACCUCGAAGACGGCGUCGACUCGGCGGAUGAGUUGAUGGAGGCGGCGGAGGGGAUGGCGGCGUUGCUGCGGAAGCUGGCGGGGCAGAUCUUCUCGGUGCCGCUGCAGAGCUUUAAGAUGUUCGUGGCCCACUCGGGCAACCGCAUCGCCUUCAACCUCCAGCGCGCCGUCUACUUCAACCUGGGCAUCUACGCCGACCUGCACCAUGGAAGGAGCGCGGCGGAGGCGAUGUCGUUCUGGUACAUGACGACGUGCCACGAGCUGGCCCACAACUCGUUCGAACUGCACAACGAGGAACACGGAGCGCUGCUCGAGUGGAUCGCCCACGCCUACAUGCCCGUCCUCCACAAACACCUCCCGCCAGCCACCACCCGCAAGGGCUAA